AUGGACACGAUCUCCUCCCUCGCGCGCGAGCUCAAGACGCCGCCCGCGCUGCCGUCGUUCGACGUGAACGAGAGCGUCGCGAGCGCGGUGUUGUCGCGCGUCGCGCACGUUCAAACCCGCGUCUCGCUGUCUCGGGUGAAUAAAACGUGGCACAGGGCGUCGAAGCAAGCGCCGUCGCUGCCGUCGUCGCUCGACUUCAGUGCGUGCCCGGAAGCGGAAUACAGUACUUCGUCAACAUCAGCGAAGCAUGUCAACGCAUAUUCUCUCGCGUACCUACUGCGCGUCGAAGGCUUCCUGGACCUCCCGGAAGGGCGCCUCCGAGACCUCGUGAGAAGCACACUUCGGGGCGUUCCUAUUUUCACCUCUGACCGUGACGGUAACGUCAAGUUGGUAGACGCGAUGGUGGACAAGAUGGUAGACGCGCUGGUAGAUCUCAUGAAGAUCGCGAAAGACGGAGGCGCCGUCCCUGUUGACUCCGUGCACCUCGACGAACGCGUCCGGAAAGUGGGUCUCUCAGACCUCGAAACGCGGCUCUUUCUCGAGGGGUUCUUCAGUUGCACGUACGACUCGGACAGUUGCACGUACGACUCGGACGAGUGA